UUUUCUCUAUUCAUUAGCGCGCCACUGAAAUCUGAAAUCUGCGUUUUCAUUUUUCUUCCAAAGAAAGCAGCUGAGGCUUAGGGCUUACUGAUUGGGACGAUGUUCGGAAGGAUUAGAUCUUCUUCUUCACCGGAUUCCUUGGAGCGGCCGCCUUCCAAGAUUCUUAAAGAUGAUUGUCUUUCCAUCUAUGAGACUACCUUAAUGAAGCUUAAACUCGGUUCGCAACUGGAUUCAAGUCCACCCAUCAAGGAGGAUGCUUUAGAGGAUGGAGAAAUUGAUUCUGACUCAUGUUCAUUGAGCAAUGAAGCAAUGAACACAGAAGCAUGCACAAGUUUUCCCAAGGAUUCUAAUGAGUUAGUCAAGUCAACUAAAGAAGAUAUCAUGACGGUUGAUUCAGAUUAUUUGACACUUGAAACUUUUGAGGAUUGUCAAUCAACAGAACGUUCAACACAGCGUAGGAUGACAAACUCCAUUCUUUACCUAUUCUCUAAAUUCAAGAAUUCUUCAGAAAUUUCAACAAUCAUGGAGGAACCAACGACAACGGAAGACUUCUGUAGUGUGGUUAUGUCACCAUGUCCUAGUGCAUCUGGAUCUACUUCCGAUGUUGAGCUACAUUCGGAGCAAGAAUCAAUUGCUUCUUCAACACAAAUUGUUGGCAUGACUUAGAAAAAAAAAACAUUGGCCAUUACAAAUUCAGUCCCCUCUAGCAAUGUGUUUUCAUUCAAGUCUUCAAAAUCUGUUUAAACCAUGUUGUAUUUUUAUGGUCACUAUGAUGAAGGUGUGGGGAAUGUACAUCUAUUAUAUCUGAACACGAGCUUAAUUAUGAGCAACUUGUAACUUGCACCUCUGUCAUUGUCGAGUUUUGAAAUAUCAAUAUCAAAAGAAAUAGUGAAGUCAUAAUUGCACACGAAA